AUGAACCCCACCAAUGGCUCUCCCUCGUCCAAGAGCAGCUCGACGCCUGCAACCUCGACCUUGCGCCCGCGGACACGUCGCCUGAUCUCUGUCGAAGAUGAUCCGAACCCUCCUGCUAGCAGCGCGAAUGCCUCUUCAUUUGGCUCUCGAGCCGUGUCGCCCGCACCACGGUACAAUACCACAUCGGCGCCCACGUCCUCGUUCGAGCGUUCAGGCUCACAGUCCUUGCGUGUUGGAAGGGAUGCCCAGAAGACGCUGUCUGGGUUAUGGGGGAAUUCGUGGUCGGCUAUUCAAGGCCUGGCAACCAACGUGCUCGGGAAUGAUGCAGGCGCGAAGGAUACAUCAACAUCUACAAGGAAGCGGAAACCACUACUUGGCUCACACCGUCGCACUUCUACCAGCGCACCGCCGAAGCAAUGGGGUCCGUCAAUUUCAUCGACCCCGUACAUCGGUGCCGGCUCACAGGAAGAGAGGGAGAGCAUGGUUCGGGCUAUGAAACGCAAAGACAUGCUCCUUGCUGAUAGCCUUUUGAUGUCAGACUCGGUCGGCCGCUUGAAGAGAAGGAACUCGGAUGACCGUAUGAGUACAUCGGCACCGCCAGGGGAGAACGAAGAUCGCGACGCCCUCAUCUACAUACACAAAGUGCGCCCGCAUGACACGCUCGCGGGCAUCACUAUCAAGUUCAAUUGCCAGCCCGCGGUGCUUCGAAAGGCCAAUCGUAUGUGGCCCAACGACAGCGUGCAGACGAAGAAGACUAUUGUGCUACCCGUCGAUGCGUGUGGAGUGAAAGGGCGCCCUGUAGCGGGUCCAGGUGUCCAGGACCAUGAGGACCUCCUGAUAGGGGACUGGAGUAAGACCCCAGAAGUCAACUCGAACGCUCUGCCGAACGGUUGGGCCUCUUCGAAACCGACAGAUACCGAUACAUCAUCCACCCUCUCACCUUCGAUAUCCAACGCGGACUCCGAGCAACCUUGGAAGCACGACUCUUGGGUCCUUCUGCCCAACGACAAAGAGCCUGUAGAAAUAGGUCGUAUGCCGCGAAGAAAACUAGCUUUCUUUCCUCCUGCCAGGCGGAAGUCACUCGUAUUCUCGGAUGCAUCUACGCCUAGAGCUUCCGUUGACCUACCACGGUCUUCCACCUCAACAAGCACGCAUUCUCCCGCUACCAGUAUAUCACGACCUCGAGCAUCCAGCAAUCUAUCGACUGUUUCCGCACCAUACCCAAGACGUCACCGAAGCACAUCUGGGUUUCACCUGCAUGGACCGGGAGGUGUAGGAACCAUGGGAAAGAACGUGCGGAGUCCCGGUCCAGGCCAGGAUCCCCUCAACAAACUGUUUGCUGCGCAUCUUCCUAACGUCGAGCCACCACCGGAUCAGGAGUAUUUUACGCCUUGGGCACCUGGGCUACUGGAUGCAGACGCUGGGAGGGUGGUGCACCAUAGUGGCUCCGGUGCGCUUACUCCUUCAGGAGGCAUGGAUCUACAAGAGAUUGGUGGUGCCAUCGAGGGCUGGAUGCGCAAAGUGGGUACGCAAGCAUCAAAGCUACUAACGGAACCCACCACACCCGGGCAAGGAAAGCGAUCAGCUGUCCCAGUCAUCGGAGCAGUCGGUGGCGACCUGGGUGAUCUGAUCGAGCUGCGGGAUGAUGCAUUUGAGAUAGGAGAUGGAGAGGAAACCAGAGGAAGGUCAGGAAGAAGCGACUCACGCACGCCAACAAACGAACAAUACCGAAGCGCAAGGCCUGAUAUCAGCCUGGUGCUACGGGCCAGGGGUCCGAAAGGAAACGGCGGCAAGAACGACUGA